AUGGCCAACUCUCACAGAAUCAUUUCUUGGGUAACAAGUCAUGCCUGUGUUUUACAGAUUGAUGGCUCCACCUUGCGAACUCUGUGCAUGCAGCACGGUCCACUGAUCACAUUCCAUCUGAACCUUCCCCAUGGCAACGCUGUCGUCUGCUACAGCUCUAAGGAGGAGGCGGCAAAAGCCCAGAAGUCACUGCACAUGUGUGUAUUAGGGAACACUACUAUUCUUGCAGAGUUUGCUAGUGAAGAGGAAAUUAAUCGUUUCUUUGCACAAGGUCAGUCAAUGACUGCCUCUCCUAGCUGGCAGACGCUGGGCUCUUCUCAGAACCGGAUCGGAUCCAUCGAGGGUUCUCACCCCUUCCCAAACCGCACUGAUCCAAAUCACUGGAACGGCAGUGGAGACCUGCACGGCUCGUCUCUCUGGGGCGUUCCCAAUUACUCUACGAGCCUGUGGGGGAGCCCCAGUGGUGGUGACGGGGGGAGAAUCAACAGCCCCUCCCCCAUCAGCUCCUUCCUUCCUGUUGACCACCUGACGGGAGGUGGGGAGUCCAUGUAGUGCAUCUUUCACCUUCUGACUUAAAAACAAACAACAACUAACAUUCAAACCCGUGACCUCAAUGUGGAAAUAGUUAAUCAUAAUCAUAUGACCAUAUAUACAUUAUAUAUGAAAAAAAAUCAAAUGGCACUAGUUAGACUUUCUUCACUUACAAAAAGAAAAAAAAACAAUGCGGGGUCACCCUGUGGAAACUAGUUACAUUUUUUUUCUGCACGUAUGUCCACUUUGUUUUAGCCCAAAACAUAUCAGUUUGAAUACUUGAAUUAUGCAGGCCAAUUCUAUAAUGUGAAAGGAUGUAUUUACACUUCCAGGUAGUGCUCUUCAUACAGAGAAAAAAAAGCUUCAGUUGAGCUCAUCUGUUUAUUCAUCAUGUUUAUUUGAAUUCCAAUUCUUUUUUUGUUUUGUUUUUAUUAUUUGCAUUUUGUUUGCUGACAAUGUUGGAGUUUGAGCUUUUUUAACUUUGCACUGAAUGUGGUUUUUCUCAGUAUAAUCUGCAAUAUGGAGGGAGCCGACAGUUCCAGUGUAGUUGUUUACUCAAGGAUGUUCUUUAAAGUGUGCGCUCUACUAUGCCUUGAUGUACGCCUACCUUAUUGUGGUAUUGUGGAGUUCGAGAUCAAGAUAUAGAUGCUGAUUUAGGAUUAUUUGAUGAUAUUACAGAAAUAAGUAUUGCACCAAUUUUUUUUUUUUUUAAACUAAAGAAUUUAGCUCUGCAGUCUAAAAAAACUGUAGCCACAGCUGUGACUUGCAAACCCGACCUGCAAGCCAGGGGGAACAGCACUUUCAAAAUAGGCUUUCAAUUUUGUUUUGGAGGCAUCACAUUGUGCCCUCUUGUUUACAAAACUUUUUGAGAGGGAAAGUAUGGUCAUUCUUCCUUUUA